GACCUUCGCAGUCUUCCAAACUCAUGACCUUGGAGGGUAGAUGCAAUUGCAAUUCCCUGGCGAGUCACAUUUGCAAUAUGUUAGGAUCCAUGUUUGAAGAGCAUCGUCUGAUCCAUGUUAGUCCGGGAUUAGUGAAUAAACUAGUAGAUUUCAUACGUUAUGGACCGGAGUAUAUGCAAGUUGUUUGUGAUUUUGAUCACACAUUGUCCAAAUACAUUCACAAUUCUGAGAAGGUUCCUGUUUGUCAUGAAUUGUUCAUGAAAAACCCUAAAAUUCCUGAGAUAUCUAGAUUACGGCUUCUGGAGUUUUAUGUACCGUUUGAAACGUCCUGUGACAUAUAUGAGUGCGAGAAAUUGUCUCUCAUGAUGGAAUUUUGGAAAUUGGCCCAUAAAGCAUUGGUUGAUGGGAAUGUGUCUCGAAGUGAUAUUAAUGGUUGUGUUUUGGAAGGCGGAAUAGUUUUAAGGAAUAAUGCAACUGAUUUUGUAAAUAAGUUGGCUCAGCUCAGCAUACCACUAGUUAUAUUCUCCGGAGGCAUAGGAAAUGUUAUAGAAACAGUUCUGACAUCGUCAGGUGUAUCCUUGGAAAAUAUUCGUGUUGUUUCAAAUUUUAUGGACUUCAAUCCUGAAGGUCGUUUAGUUGGAUUUCAAGAUCCUGUUGUUCAUUCUCUUAAUAAAAUGUAUAGUGUAAUACAAAAUUCUGAAUAUUUUGAAACCAUUCUGUCGAAAAGAAUUUGUAUUCUGCUUAUCGGUGACUCAACUAAUGAUGCAAAGAUGAUUGAUGAUAGGGAAAAUUUUUCUUAUGAACAAGUUAUAGUUAUUCGUAUAGGAUUUUUAAAUGAAAAAAAUGACGAACAAGUGAAAUUAUUCAGUUCAUUAUACGAUCUGGUUCUUUUAAAUGACGAGACAUUUGAUAUUCCUUUGUUCAUUUUAUCAUCUAUCGUUAAUUCUACUGAACUAUGUAAACAUGAGAGCAACAAUAAGACCUCAAAUAUCUGACAGUAAUACUUUUAAUGAGAUCGGUUAUUUUGAUAAAAAUUGUAUUCUAAUUAUUUAAAUAAAAAAGAAUUUAAUCCUUGUUUGGUUUUUUAGAAAAACGUGUUAUUUGGUGAAGUGGCAGUACCAAGGUAUUCAAAUACAUAAAAUUGAUGCUCGGCUAGUUGUUCAAGGGAAAUAUAAAGUGUUCUGCUAAUAAUUUCGCACUAAAUAAGAAAAAGAUUUGUAAUUUAUUAGUUUCAUUGUUUGAAUUAACGGAUGACUAAUUGAAUUUUCAGUUGUGAACAUAACACAAAUUUGAGUAUAUUCUAUUUGAAGAGUCUGAAGUAAAACGAACCGUGUACCUACAUCAAAUAAUCUGACUAUUCAGUAUGAAAUAUUUUCUUUAACUUGGAGGUAUUCGAAGAAAGUUAAUCAAUAUUCGCUGUUGAUCAUAGAGACUAAUGUGACAAAUUUUUACUGAAAAUCGUAUCAAUAUACGAAACACUGUCCUUCACAAAAGUGUUACAUUUUGUCAAUCGUUUCUGCAUUAAUUCCAUAAGAGAUAAAGGUCGCGAAUGGAUAGUUCAAAUUUUUGAAAUUUCAUAUUAUUUUAUUUUCGGAUAAUCUGUUUGAAAACUUGAUGAAAUUUAAAGACAUUCUAAAGAAGCAAUAUGCGAAGACCACAUAUACACUGAAAUAUUUAUAAAUUCUGGUUUACUAUUCGUUUAAUAAAACUAUUAUGAAUAAAUAGUGAAACAUCAGUAAAAACUUUUGUUUUGUUUCCU